UAUGACGUCACUGGUCACAUGCCUCAGCGUGUGGACGUGAUCAACAGACUGGUUAAGUAAAGCAGGACUGUCAUCACCAAUAUGGCAUGUGUGCUCUGCAGGAGGGUCAGACAGGUAAGCCGGUCAUCUGUUGUUCAAGAGCUCAUUCAGAGAGCAUCAACAGUUCGAGCAUUUUCAGCCGCCGGAUCAGAUGAGCCGUAUAUAGCUAUACCAUCUCAAGACUCGGCAGGUCCUAGAACAGUAUGGCCGGAUGAGACGAUGGGUCCAUUUGGACCUCAAGAUCAGCGCUUCCAGCUGCCAGGCAACGUAGGUUUCGACUGUCAUCUCAAGGGUACGGGGUUACAGUUUAAAGGGCCGGUCCACCGGACUUUACCCGAUGUCUUGUCAGCGCCAUCCAGCACAGAGAGACACGAAUUUAUACUUGCUCAGUUUGUUCAUGAAUAUCAGGGUAAAGAAGUUUCACUAAAGGCACAGACGGUCGGUAAAGCCGAACACUAUUUUAGUCGAUCAGAUGUAGAAUUUUCAAUGCGUUCCUGUCCGGAGCUUCUCAAGAAAGAGUUAGAGCUGUUUUUCCCGACGCUACCGAUGAGUCCCAUCACUGUUGUCACGGUAACACAGAAGAAUGCGAAGACGGAUGUGGAGGAUGCGGAGAGAACGCAGGAACAACUGUUAGACAAUUUUGUGAGUGGCGCUAAAGAAAUCUGUUUCACGUUGUGGCGAGGAGGAUACUGGGCAGAUUUCAUCAAUCCCAUGUCUGGGAAAGCUUUUUUUGGCGAUCAAACACAGGACUCUAUUCUACAGGACGACGUUCACCGCCACGCCGGCGGCUUUCACAUCGAGGACCUGGCGUCAUGCACGCUCAUCCGUCACGUCUUAAAGGGGCCGCCGACGUUUGUGUUGACGCUCAUCACUAACGCGCCUUUCAACAGUCUGAUCAUGGAGAAACUUCAGGGACACUCCAAAGCUUCAGAGGAAGGCGACUGACGUUUUUGCACAUUGUCCUGAAAAUGAACUGUACUGUUUUUCGUCACUUAAACGUAAGAGAGAUUUAACUGGUUGUGAUGUUACGGAAAUCUUUGUUAAAGGUUUCUUGUGACCGUUGAUGCGAUUUGAUUCAGAAAAGGUGCGCAGUAAUGCAGUUUAUUUAUAAAAUAUGAACACUUGCAGUAUUGCCUAAACACACAAAAUUAAGCAGGUCUGAAACCACACGGUGCUUUAAACCAUCAGCCUUUUAUCACACGACAGUUCGACUUGAGCGAGCGUACGGUUGGUAAAACAUCGUCUAGAGACUGGACAUCUGAAAGAGAGAAAAUAGGAUUUAUUUGUAAUUUUGUUUCACGUUCAUCUACAAACAGUUAAAAAAGCACUUGUGUAAACUUGUAGUUUGGUUAGCUAUGAUUUACACAGUGUUUCUUAAUGAAAUGUGAAUGAAAUGUUUGGCCCUACCCAAAGUUUGCAGAAGCUCAAGUAUGAAUGAAUGAAACGCUGGGAAAAAUUCUUCAUGUUCUUUUAACUUUAUGAUGAUGCUGCAAAACAACACAAUAAACUGAUAUGUUGCUAUAAAAAUA